AUGUUCGAGGGCUCUUCGGGCGGACAGCCGCCCCCUCAACAGCAGAUGACGCCACAGAUGAUCAUCCAGAACCUCAUGCGGAUGGAUCCACAGCAGCGGAACGCAGUUAUCAUGAAAAACCCGCAAUUGCAGAUGUUUCUCCAGCACUACGAACAACAAAGAAAGGCUGCACUCAACCAGUCGAUGAACCCCCAGAUGCAGGCAAAAAUCAUCCAGCAGCAGCAACAGCGACAGAUCCAGCAGCAGAGACAGCAAAUAUCCGGCCAGGUUCCGGGCCAGAUGCCACACCAGAUACCGACGCCUGUGCCCGCACCGCAGGUGGCCCAGAAAAACCCCGGCAUGCAGGCCCAGAAACGUAUGGUUCGUAAACGGAGCUCUGCAAAGGACCCGCUUGACCCUUCUGGAACGCCUGUAGGCUCGCCCGUGAUAUCUCAAGGACCGCAUCCUGUCCAGAACAUGGGAUAUCCUCCAGGUGCGCAAUCUGGACCAGUGCCCCCUCCAGUCGCGCAGGCUCCGCCGCAACCGGUUGUGCCUCUCUCAGAGAGGAUAGAAGACACUCAUAAAUGGUCAAAGACGUUUGAGAACGAGGAGAAAGAGGUGCCUACGUCAAUCAAGGUGUACGAACAGAUAAUCGAACGCGAUAUGGACUACGACCGUCGUUCGGUGGCCGAAACCAAGAAACCUUUCAAUGCAGAGCAAUUGCAGGCAAUGGCAAGAGAUCUCAAAUUUUACCAGACCAUCAGAGACUCCCGGCUCAAGGCUAUAGCGUUGACGGAGGCCGGCAAAAACGCAGAAAGUAUUUGGGGCGACGGGUACUCGGGCUAUGGAAACGGUUUCAGCGCAGGCAAGACCCGGCUAGUGUUCCCCAGAAACCGCAAGAAGCAUUCGCGCGUGCCGGACGAUUACAUACCUCCCGAGGCGUACGAGAAACAAGCCAAUAAGCCAGAGGAGCUGGUUCCGAUUCGUCUGGAGUUUGACGUAGACAGAGAUUCUUUCAAGCUAAACGACACUUUUCUGUGGAACUUGAACGAGGGAACCAUCUCUGUGGAGCGGUUUGCACAGAUUCUAAUGGAAGACUACAAGUUUCCCCAGGGACAGGCAUCGAACGUGGAAAAAAUAGUGAGCAGCAUCAAGGAACAAAUCAAUGAGUACCAUCCAAUGGUCUAUGGCGAGUUCAAAGGUUCUGAUCUACGGCUGCCGAUUUCUGUGGAUAUAACCAUCGGCAAUAACCAGCUGGUGGAUAAGUUCGACUGGGACCUAGCGAACCCAGAUAAUGACCCAGAGGAGUUUGCGAGGGUAAUGUGCGAGGAAAUGGCUCUUCCGAACGAGUUCAUGACAGCUAUCUCUCACGCAAUCCGUGAACAGUGCCAAAUCUACGUCAAGUCGCUAUUUUCCGUUGGAUACAAGUUCGACGGGUCGCCGAUCACGAGUGACGAGUUCAAGGACCUUAACCGUUCGCAGAUCGACAAGGACUCGGUUGUUAGAGCGCGCCAUCACUUACAGGAGUACACGCCGUCAUUGCAAGAGAUCACGUUCGACGCACUGGAGAAAAUCACAAAGGAGAGAGAAAGAGAAUCACGCAGAAAGAAACGUGGCCAGACCCGUGUUGGCCGUCGCGGAGGAAUCGUACUGCCCGAUCUUCACGAUCUGCCAAAGACGUUCCGCACUCCGGUGCCUUCAACAGUUCUUCCGUCCGGCGUCAAUCUUGGGCCUCCCGUGGACAGCUACAUCGACUUCCCGUUGCAGGUGGAAAUUCCACAGGAGCAACUACAGGCUCUUGAGGAAUUCCGGGCACAAGAGCGGGUGCAGGCUGUGCCGGUCGACCGCGUGGGUCCCGUGGUGGCCAGCAACGGCGUCGCUUACCAGAUCGACAUGCAGCGUGCGAUUGUGAGGAUCAAGCUAAGAAAAUAA